UGCCAGUGUGGUUGUGGGCCAUCCCCUGGACACGGUCAAGACUCGUUUGCAAGCUGGACAAGGAUAUGGAAAUACACUCAAGUGUUUUCUCACUGUGUACAGAAAUGAGUCUGUGACUGGCUUCUUCAAGGGCAUGUCCUUCCCCAUGGCCACCACAGGCCUGUACAGCUCGGUGGUGUUCGGGGUGUUCAGCAGCACGCAGCGGUUCCUGGGCCAGCUCCGCCACGGGGACGCGGCCGCCGCGCCCUCGCUCGCCGACAUGACCGUGGCCAGCUCGGUGGCAGGGUUUGUCUCCGUGGCCAUUGGCACUCCCGUGGACCUGGUAAAGAUCAGGCUACAGAUGCAAACACAGCCCUACAGCAAAGCAGACGUUAAACUAAAGCCCACAGCUCCUGGAUCUCCUGUGUACCGAGGCCCAAUCCACUGCUUUUGGACAAUCCUACAGAAAGAGGGGAUAGCAGGAAUCUACCGAGGCACAGUGGCAAUGCUCCUGAGGGAUGUUCCCGGGUACUGCGUCUACUUCAUCCCUUAUGCAGUUUUCUGUGACUGGGCAACUCCUGAGGGAUGCAUUUCUCCCAGUCCCUUCUCUGUCUGGCUGGCAGGGGGUGUAGCAGGAGCCAUUUCCUGGGGAUUAUGCACUCCAAUGGAUGUUGUGAAAAGUCGACUUCAGGCAGAUGGAGUUUAUUUAAAUCAGUACAAAGGGACCCUUGACUGCAUCUUGCAGAGCUACCAGAACGAGGGCUUAAAAGUGUUUUUUAGGGGCCUCACGGUCAAUACAGUGCGAGGAUUCCCAUCGAGUGCAGCCAUGUUUCUUGGCUAUGAACUUUCCCUCAAAGCAAUGAAAAGAGGCCAAACUGAGACCAAUCCCUAACUUCCAGAAGUGUUGCCAAGAAGAACCAGAAAGCCCCCUGCUUUCCUGAGCCAAAUCAGCAGCGUGGUGUUGGUGUGGGCUCAGCUGCUCUGACUGAAGACUCCCAUCCUGCACCUACAGCACCUGCUGGGACUGUGUCCGUGCAGGACUCCGAAAAUGGCACCAGCUCAGUCAAACCCAAAGACCAUUUUCUUAUCAAAUCUUUCACUCUGUUGACUAAGAACACCUCAAUAAUUGGUGGGCUUUUUCAUCAGUGACAUUUUUCCUGUUGAGCCAGGAAAAAACUCACCUCCCUUUCCCAAGGGAUGUGUCUAAACCCAGCCCAUCUGACAUCACCGAGGGAGCAUCUUUCAUACAACACUGCAAAUAAUGCUCAUCUUUUGUGUGAACAAGGAGAGGAGGAGGUGUGGUGGGUACACAGGUGCUUUUCCUGUAGGAAGGUCUGGAUUCCUAUCAAAUCCUAGCUUGCUUUCAGGUUUAAAGAACUAGAUGAUUCCUCCUGUACAAACACACACUCGUGUUUUCCAUCACAGUUUGCCACAAUGCAACACAUUAUUAUGAAAAAACGUGAAGGGCUUCAACAACUUCAGUCUGUUAUCCCAGUUUAUAUAUUAAAUUGGAAAACAGGAGGAUGUUACAUUCAGAGAACUAAGCUCCUUUUUUUAUUCAGGAAACAAUAAAUCAAGUCUGCAUUUCAUAUAGAAGUCUGGCUAUUGAUUUACACAGCUUGCCUGGUGCAGGCCUCCAGGGACCUGCUGGAGUUAUCUCAAAAGACCUUCUGAGCUCCCUGACACGGUGAUCCAGCUUGGCAACUGCCAAAUCCUGCAGACAUCACUUCCCAGCCUUGAAGAGACCAUCACCAAAGGAAGUCUCUUUAAUACACAGAACACCUUCGGACCUCCAGCUCUUCACUGCACUCCCACCGAGAGCACUGGGGCAGACCCAGGUCUCUCUUUGGUCUACCUCAGCCUUUCAAUCAUUCCAAGAUCUUUUACAUCAUGAUUAUUUCUGUUUGUGCUGUUGAAUAUCUCUGUGAUUUAUUUCCUAACCAUGGAGUUUUUGAUGCCAAAACCCAAGAAGAACCAGCUUUGCUGGGAGAAGAGGGCUCUGGUGGCACUGGCAAGAGAGGCUGAGGGGUAGCUGGCUCACAUGCAGAGGGACACAUGGCAUGGGGGAACAAUCAAGGACAGCACUGUCCUCCAGGAAAUGUUCUAGAACGACAGCUCUUCCUCUGGAGAGGGACUCUGGGGGAAAAGCCCAAUGAUUGCAGUUUUAGCUGAUGCCUUCAAUAAGGGUUUCUGAAGACAAUGUGGAGCAGCCCUCCAGCUUUCCUCCAUGAAAGGAGGAGAAGGAAAGAGAAACUCCUACGUCCUCUUCCCUGGAUGAAUGGAGGAAUUGGUGACCAGACUUGAAGGUUUCAGCAAAAAGUGCCUUAAACUUUGAGUCUGGAGCAGCACUCAGGAAUGGAGUCACCUACUUUGGGCUUCUCAUCACUGGGGCCCAAAUUAAAAACAGUGUUGGUGCCCCCAGAACUGGCCUUAAAAAGUGGAAGAACCAGCAACAGCUGGUGUUGCUUCAUCUCAGGGCUCGCAGGCAAGGAGGUUCACAGUGCCUUUGACCUUGGUGAGAACACAGGGAACUGUUUUUGAUAAACAAUAUGGAUAAAAUUGAUGAGCCUUCACACAAGUAUUUGUUGCUGGCUGCGUUUAAGGAUUCAUCCUUUCCAUGUUGUCUUUUUAUGCACGCAUGUAAAACAUGUUUUUUAGAUGGAUAAUAUCAUGUGUCUCCAGGGAUAAUAC